AUGGCCACGAUCCCCAACCUGAACUCUCUGCGUCGAGGCCGAGGUCGAGGAUUCGGACGCGAUGUAUCGCGACCAGGAAAAGACCAAGUCGUACAAGGCACCGACAACGACGCGAGCGUGUCCCGCCUGAGCGCCGUCCAGCUGGGAUACCUCGAUGAUCCCUACGCGACAGCACUCACACCCCCCAGGCAAAGGGCCAUAGCUAAUCCCGCAACAGGAACCUACGUGCGCACCACCACCAUCGACCAACUCGUAACCCGCUUCCUCGGCCCCUGGGCACCAGAUAACAAGCGGAAACAAAUCAUCUCGCUCGGUGCCGGAUCAGAUACACGCGUCUUCCGAUUAUUAUCUUCGCGCCAAAGCCCUGAUUUCGUUUACCACGAGCUCGAUUUCGCCGUUAACACGACAGCGAAGAUCCGCGCCAUUCGAUCUGCGCCGGAGCUGCAGCGCGUGCUUGGGAUUGACUCGUCGGUUCCGGAGAAAGAUAGUCCGGUUAAGGUGUCCGAGGCCGGAGACGCGCUUCAGUCACCUUCAUACCAUAUUCACCCAGUGGAUCUGCGGACACUUUCCUCGCACGAUGAUCCCGCAAAAGCGUUGCCGGGCGUUGAGACGGAUUUGCCGACCCUUUUGAUAUCCGAAUGCUGUCUUGUCUAUCUGUCGCCUGUUGAGGCUCAGAAGGUGGUUUCUUUCUUUACAGAGGGAUUAUUUGGUGGGAGGGCAACGGGGCCUGGGGGCGAUGUGCAGGUGGGACAGACUGCCGUGCCUCUUGGGUUGAUUCUCUACGAGCCCAUUCGUCCAAAUGAUGCCUUUGGAGAGGUGAUGGUUUCCAAUCUUGCGGCGCGGGGAAUUCAACUUCAAACUCUACAUAAGUAUGCCUCGCUUGAGGCACAGCGGGCCCGGUUCCGAGAUCAGGGUUUCGGAGACGGCCAGGCUGCAGGGGACGUUGAGUUCCUUUGGAAGAAAUGGGUUAGCGAGGAGGAGAAAGACCGAGUUGCAGGGCUGGAAAUGCUGGAUGAGAUGGAGGAGUGGGAGCUGCUGGCGCGGCAUUAUUGCAUAGCAUGGGGAUGGAGGGAUGGGGAUGAUAUCUCGGCUUUCGCGGGAUGGAGAACCCUCGAGGCUCAGCAGGGCGGGUAA